CGGGGCGUAUAAAUGGGCACGCACGCCAGAGCCGUUUGUCAUUCAGGGAAGGGCUCGCGACAGAACUAUAUCAAAAGAAAAAAUCUUUAAUAUCGAGGUGUAAUUUUGGAGUGGCAGACCAACACUAAAGAUGAAGCUGUGGCUGGUACUAUUGGCAUUCGUUCACUGCGGACUAGCUAUAGGACUUUAUGAUGAAAUAGAUGAUUCUCGUAUUUGGCGUCGCGGAGGACCGUCUGUAUCCAAAGGCCCUGAUAAAGAAUGCAUAAGAGACAUCCUUGUGAUCUGGGACAAUUCCCAAUCUGUCGGCAUCGGCAACUUCAUGGAUAACGUGCGGCCGUUUCUCAGAGAUCUAAUUGAUGACCCAAAGCUAAAUGUGGGAAACGAAGGCACUCAUAUUGGUUUCAUCACAUUCGCAAGUGACGAUAAAACUCGUGAACUGUUGAAGAUUGGGUCAAAAACUAGCAAGAGUGAUUUAAAAACGUGGCUGAAUGGUUUGGACUACAGAAAGGAUUUGAUGGGCCCAUUUACUUACACUGGAAAAGCAUUCAAGCUUGCAAGUGAUGAGUUCCAUCUAAAAAAUCCAUUAAAUCAUCGCGCAGAUAUACAAGACGUUGUUUUGUUAUUCACCGAUGGAGAACCCAGAGCAAGAAAGAAAGCUUGGAUUCGAGAACAAUAUGCAAUGGCUAAUAGAUACUCGGCAGAGCUGAUGGGAAAUGGUAUCUAUAUCACUGCCUUGGCUGUGGGAAGAGAAGCAAAAAAGCCUGAAUUCAAGAGAAAUAUUGACAAGUGGUCGAACCACAUGUUCAUCGCAGCCUUUAAAGAUUUAGACAAGGUUCUGGAUAAAAUUGUCAAGAAAUCCUGUGGCAUAAAACCAUUGGCUUGUUCUUGCGACGGCAAGGUUUCAACAGAGCAAUACACAAAGCCUGGUGAAAACAGCAUUUCUCUGCGAUGGAAGGAACCUCAGUUGAAGUGCGAUAAACCAGUUGACCAACGGAAGACAGUACACCCCGCUGACACCCGCAAUCCACAGCGGUUUGGGGUGGGUACCCACGAAAUAACGUACAGAUUCACGUACACAGAUAGCACCGGCAAGACGGUCAGCCAGGAUUGUUUUUUUGAAGUCAAAGUUGGUGCUUGCGAGUGUCCCAGUUCACAAACAGUGAGUGCAAGAGUGAAAAUUGGCGAGACAAAAGCUUCUGUUAGUUGGUCGGAACCAGUUCCCACUUGCCCGCGAGUCACAGCAAGUCCAAGUAAUCCGAGGCGUGCCGGGGGUCAGUUUCCUGUCGGUGAAUUCACGCGCACUUACAAGUAUACACACACCACCGAAUUUCAGAGCUUUGAGAUACAAUGUGACGUGAACAUUGCUGUCACAGGCGAUUAUUGCGGCACAACGGCUUACGACCCAGCCACUCAUAUUUGCUGCUGUGGAAAGCCUCACAUGAAGAAAUCUGGUUACAAGUGUUGUGGCACCAAUUACUACAAUCCUGGUAGCCUUAUAUGCUGUCAAGAUACCAGUCUCGUCGUUGUUGGAGGACAUUGCCCUUUUUAAUGUAAAACACGUUUACUUUACAGUUAAACCUCACAUUAAACUUUUUUGUUUGCUUUCGUAUAAUUAUAAUAGUAUUUCGCUUGUAUCUAUUGCAUCAUUUGCAUGAAAUAGUGACACGCCAAUGAGUUUGUGGGCAGCAUGGGUGUUUAUUUUAAUACGAUAACAAUGAAUAAAAAUACAGUAUGAUUCAGUAUGUAUACAUAUAUGUCUGUAGCAAGUGGUAGUAAAUGUAUCUUGUUAUAUCAUUAAAUGAUCUUUCAACUUCA